UCAAAGUGUUUCACAACUGGGCCAAGUGUCCUCUUUCUUGUAAAUCAAAAUAUGCUCACCCUAGUUUAACCAGUAAUUAUUUGACCACUUGGGGCCAUCCAUACCCUUUGUACAUUGCAUCAAAAUGUCAUCCUCAGGUGGUUGUCAAGUACUGAAAGCGAUAUCUUUGCAAAACCAACCUUCUGACACAGUAGCAGACCGUAGAUUUGGUACCCUUCAUUUCAACACACACACAUUAUACCACACAGUUGCACAUCAUGAGCGACGCGUACUUCAGAGACACGACUGUCUCUGCGCUAUAUCUGAUAUUUAACUCUAUUGUUUUCCUCCUCCACAGGCUGUUUGUGAACUUCCCAUCAUCCAAGCUGUAUUUCAGUCAGUUCAAGGACAUUGAGGACACAGAAGAGCUGGUGCACAGUUCCCAGCUCAGGAAACAUGCCCAAAGAGUCAUGAACGCCAUCAACACAUUGGUGGGGAACAUAGAUAACUCAGAAAAGGUGGCCUCAGUGUUGAAGCUGAUUGGCAAAGCCCACGCACUCAAGCACAAGGUGGAUCCAGUAUACUUCAAGAUCCUGAGCGGCGUGAUUCUGGAAGUCCUGGGAGAAGAGUAUCCAGAGGUUAUGACACCAGAGGUGGGCGCAGCGUGGACCAAACUCUUUGCUACGGUCUGCGCUGGCAUCAAAGCCGUCUACGAGGAAGUGGGCUGGACACAACAAUCAAGCUCCACCGGCUGAAACCUUCACAUCAGAACACCUCUAACGGGGAUCCUAUUAUCGCUUUGCAGCUUUAUGCAACAGCAAACAGAUGACUGUAAUAUGAUAAUGCAGUUUGUUGUUAUCUAUGAUAAUCAUGGACAAUGUAAAGUAGAUAUAUGAACAAAUAUAGGAACACGUACUGUGCUCUUUUUAUA